AUGCUUUCGUUCAAAAGUGAAUCAAGCGCAGACUCUGAAUCAUCCCUCGGAAGCAUACCUGGGACACUCCAGCCAGAGUUAGACUACUGGGAACGCCUAAUAUUUUCUUUUGAUAUGGACAGAGAUGAUCCUAAUAAGGCUUCGCGUUCAGCGCGUCGUGGGCGAAGCCGCGGGCGAUCACGCUCGCGAUCUUCGACGCGCGGAUUACCAGUACCAGGAUCCAAUGUACCAGAUAUUAGUGAUGCCGCAUUACUUGCGCAGUUUGCUUCUGCAGCAGCGCAUCAAGCCAGUGGCAGCCAGGAGAACCCGUACGAUAACUUUCUGCAAGCUCUUCAAGUAUCUCAAGGAAAUCCAUACGCGGCAUACCUCCAUUCGUCGACUGCCUCCCCUGCUAAUGACGACGCAGCGGCGGGGGCGGAAGACAAGCGUCGGAGAAAUACCAUGGCCUCAGCGCGGUUCAGGAUCAAGAAGAAGCAACGCACACUUAACCUCCAGCGGUCGGUAUCCGAUCUCACUGGUAGGGCGGAGGAGCUGGAGAAGGAGGCCGCCGACCUUCGCAGGGAGAAUACCUGGCUGAAAGAGAUCGUCAUGUUGAAGGGCACUCGUGUGGCACAGAUGAACGCCGCCCGUCGAGCAUUAGCACAGGCGCCACCUGGCCAGUCAGACCCCUCAGGCUCGACUCCGUUACCAUCAGCAAGCAGCAAACCUCAAGCCGCAGAGGCGGGGGGCCAGGACAAAGACGAUGAAUCAGAUAGCGAUGAAUCAGAUAUGGGCGAUGAUAAUGACACCGCAGCGCAGUCUAGCAAGGGCAAGGGCAAGGCUAAAGAAUCAUAA